UCUGCAAAUAAGCAAGUUGUGUCAAAAGACGGAAUCGCAAAAAAACAACAAUAAAGCUUAAUCCACAAGCAGUCACAUAAAAGUUAAAAAAUUUCCGAGUUAUAGGAGUAGAACGAGAGAAAGAAAAUCUCUUAAAAUAUCGUGAAAGCACACAAUAUUUUCGAUUGCAUCUUAAUUCAAAGAAUUUCGAUCUUCUGAUUUUCUAAAUUUGAUAAUAUAUUGAAUAAGCAGUACGAGGUCAGUGGAGGCGUAAAUUGCUGCUACGGUAGCGAUAACAAUUAUUGCGUGGUUCAACAUAAAUAUACCACAACCGUAAAAGGAGCACAGACUUAUUGCAAAUACAUUGCAAACCAGACUCCUUACCUUCAAAAAUACCCGCCCAGUUGCAUUUGCAAUAAAAUUACGUGACGCUUCCUAUUGUGAGCAAGCAAAAUGUCGAUAGCAAACUUCCUGAAAGACCUUCCCAGUCACAAUGCACAGAACUUUUCGCAAUUUAAUAUGGAACAAGGACUUCGGACAUCGCAAAAACGACCUUCCGUAUAUCUACCCACAGAAGAAGUGCCGUCGGAGCAGUAUAUUGUAAUGGAUAAGCGAUGUGUACUGUUGAGGUAUCUCAAACAGCAAUGGGAUAAGAAGACACUCCCACGGAAGCGUGAACACAAUAACAUCGAUGGAAAUGUAGGUAAUGGUACAGCGAACAAUAGUUGUAAAAAACGUCCACGAUUGGAACAUAUCGAAAUGAAUUAAAAUAGCUUUUCAAAGAAAAGAAGUGGAUUGUGAGAAUUGAAAUAGGUGGGGCGUUCAGCGCAGCACAAAUGCGCUAAGACUUGUGGAUAUAUAAUCUGACUUCAUUUAUUGAACCGUAAUUUUUUAUUUUGUUUUGCACUAAAUUCCAGCAAAAAACUUGUUUAAUUAAAAUUUUAAGUAAGAUUUCAUCGCAACUUUCAGCUUCACCAUCGAAAAAGAAUAAUAACUAACAUAAAAAAAUAUUUUUCCGAUAAAUCUUGAUACAUGAAAACGAUUUAAUGCAACACACCUAACAGUCUGCAAGCUUCUCAAAUAUGGUGCGGUCAUUGCGCCUAGCCAUUACAUCUUAGUUAUUAAGAUAUCCUUUUUUAAAUGUAUGAAUGUAAGAAGUUUUGUAAGAGUCGCAAGUCACACAUAAGAAAUAUUUGGAAAUAACUUGUAACAAAAAAUAAAUUCGCACAUGCACACAUCAGAA